GACCUGGCUGCUGGUGGUGGUGGGUUCAGUAGGACGUCUACGUGCGCGCCGUGCAGACCGCCACUACCACGAACCCCACUGCCAACGGCGGAUAUAAAGAUUUGUUUCUUCUUUUUCUUCAAAACCCUUACUGCUAAGAAGCCCCCCCACCCUCCACCUCCACCCUGCCAACGGGCAUUCAUUUGCCAAACACCUCCUUUUCUCCUUCACCGUCGGGUGACCACGCAGCCUUCGUCGCCGUCGUCGACAUCGCGCGCUGUGAUGAGGUCGCCCUGCAGCGGCGGAUCGGUUACGCGAAGAUAAAGCGGAUUUAUUCAAAAUUAUUAUUAUUUAUGCUGCCGGGGACCCACAUCCUCCCCCCACCCACACACCCACUUUGCUUUCGGUUCAACUUGUCGCUUCUCAACGCCUUUCUGCAACCCCCCCCCCCCCCCCCCCCCCCCCCCCCCUACCCCUCGCGGAGUGUGUGACGAAAAAACCCACCGAGGCGACUGAGCGACGUGCCGAAUAUCCAUGAGCUCCGAUUUCCCUCACUACAGUUUCAGGAUGCCAAAUAUAGGGUUCCAGAAUCUUCCCCUUAACAUCUACAUUGUGGUGUUUGGGACGGCCAUCUUCGUCUUCAUCCUCAGCCUCCUCUUCUGCUGCUACUUAAUAAGGUUACGGCACCAGGCGCACAAAGAGCUAUAUGCAUACAAACAAGUAAUUCAGAAGGAAAAAGUCAAAGAGCUAAAUUUGCAUGAGAUUUGUGCAGUGUGCUUGGAGGAGUUCAAACAGAAAGAUGAGCUGGGGAUUUGUCCGUGCAAACAUGCCUUCCAUAGGAAGUGUCUCAUUAAGUGGUUGGAGGUGAGGAAAGUGUGCCCGCUGUGCAACAUGCCCGUCCUGCAGCUCGCCCAGCAGGCCGGCAGCGCGGAGGCUCCUGUGCCAAUACAGCAGCCGCUACCCGGCAUCGAGAACCUGGUGUAGCAGACUCACACACACAAAUACACACCCCCCCUCCUUCAAGCUCUCACUUGUACAGGUACACCACAGGUAUGACUCUGUGGACAAAGCGUAGAAACCGAGGUUCACGCGCAGAUACUCUCAAACUGUGACUCUUCAGCCAUCGCCGCUUCUGUUACUCUUGCAUUGGUUCACAAAAGGAUUUCCUAAUUAUCAGUUCCGACUGAUAAUCCACCGUGUUCAUGAUCCUAGAACAGCUGAUCAUGAAGAAGUUUCCUUGGCCAAGAUGUGGUCGAUCACUUUUUCUCAACCAAAGCACUUUUCAAGGGACACCAGCUGAAGACCAGGAGGAGAAAACACAAAAGCCAACAACAGUACUCUAAAAUACAAAUUGUUUUUUUUAACAAGCACUUUACGAAAAGGCAAACUUUAACUGCGUGUGAUCCUAGUAGCAAGGUAAUGUUUUAUAUUGUAUUAUUAACCAUUAUUCUAUGUACAGUAUAAGGCCACAUGGGUGUUUUUAAUUAGGCUAGUGAGCUUUGAUUAGUUAAAACAUAUAUAUAGAUCUAAAAAGGGACAACAGAACCAGUCGGUAGAUGUCCAAAGAUUUGGACAAUGCUCUUAGUUGUAAUUGCACUCACACAAGUAAGAAAUUAAGAUUAACAGACUUUGUCUGUAUAAAUGUGAAUGUGUUGAAACAGAGACCUGUUCACACUAAGCCUAGAACUUCUUCCCUCAUCGAUGGCCUCUUUGUCAUUCAUUACAAUGUGACUCGUAUUCCUUUAUCAUUCUGUCAGUCGAGGAGGGUGAUACAGUGAAUUAAUUCUAUGUUCAUAAAAAAAGAACAUGACCUACCAGAAGUAACAUGCAGCACUGUUUACUGUUACAGGCAGAAUAUUAGAUCAGGAAUCACAGUUUAAAAACAGCUGCUUCAACAACUGUGAUUAUUACUCACAAGUAUUAGUGAUUGAAUCAAACAAAGGUCUAAAACCGGUAACAUAAAUGUUGCAGAUGUCUUUUGUUCAGAAGUGUCAAACGGGGGUGUUACUAGCUUCAUGUAUCAGGCUGUAAUAAGCUCGAUACCUCAAUACCUCAAUUCGGUAAUGAAGUCGGCAUUUCCCUCAGCUCCUAUUAAAAUGCUCUGCACACACAGUUGCAAUUACUUUUCCUUCUAUCCAAGAAGUGAUGAUCAUUUCUGGGUACAGCGGCAUAUCAUUAAACAGUGAAUUGAUGAACACAUGCAUCAGAACCACCGCACUCAGCGGAUAAUCUGCAUAUCUUUUGGUUAAGAAAUAGCUACCGCUCUGCAAAACACACACUGCAGGCGUUGUGGCCGUGGACGGGCUGCCGCAGAGUCAGUGGUCAGCAGGUUGCAAUGAAGCAGCAUUUUCAUUCACGCACACAGGCAUACAAAAAGGGUGGUUCUGCUUUUUCGGCCUGCGGUGUUCUGGCGCUUUCGUCCCUCUCCCUCUUUCUGCACGCUACAUGAUGCUUUUUGUUUCUGUGCCACACAUUCAGUAACUCUUAAGCCCCGCCUGCUUUUGAGGUUAUGUUUUUUGUUCUCGUCCCUUGUUAGCUGCGUUUUUUGUAAAUGGAUUCUGUGUCAAUGUGCUGAUCUGAAAAGGGAAGCUUAAAAAAAAUCCAAAAAUGGGUGAUGCACGUAAGAUAUAAGACGGAAAUUAAGACUGCUUUUAGACUUUGUUCGCCAACACAACUUGGACACAGUCAUGACCUUUGGGGUCAGCCAGGUGGAAAUGUUCGACGAGAGCGAAAGCAGGGUUUCAUUGUCCUUUACGUGGCGCAUCAGUCUGCCGUCCACUACCGAUGACAUUUAUUGACCUUUAAAAGAAACUCUGAUUUAAAGAAACACAUUGUUCACAAUUGCUGUAUUUUAACAAAAACUGACAUAUUUACAGAAACAAGACCAGAGGCGUGUUAAUGAUCAAUUUCAAACCCAAAAUGUAUUAAUGAUUAACUUGGAUCAGAGAAUAAUUUGCUUUGCCUGUGAGAGAAAGGCAGGAGAAAGAGAUCCCAUGGCGCAAAUUGUGCAAAGUCAAGUUGUCACUGAUAUCACCAUUGUUAAACCUAUGUAGAAAGUAGUAGUGUAUUUAUACACAAGGUGCACCAACAAUGCCCCUUCAUAGAAACCCAAUGGCAGCUAUUCGGCUAUCUUCCGUGUCGUUUGAGUGUUUCCACCCAGAACUUCCCUGUUUCCUUCAUGCGUGCCGUCAUAAUCCCGCUGAAAACAAAGUGCCAAUCCAAGAUGAACUGUAAUGAAUCAAAGCCCCAGUCAGGGAAAAAAAGAAUGUUCUGCAUUUUCAAAAACAAUAUGGCCAAAAAAGAAUGCGCCAGACUUUAAUAUAGUAAGAAAUGGCUUGCUGCCAAUUAAGUCAAUGACGUCAGCGCGUCUUCCAAGUUAUUUCCAUUAUAAAUAGAGAAGACACAAUGAAGAGAAAUACCACAGUCGGGGGCACAACUUCACAUGUGUAGAGAUACUCAAGAGUAGAGAGCGUCACAAAGUCAUUUACAUGGCUGCUCCUUCAGUGCAGUAUUCUGGAAUAAUAUUAUUUAUUAAAAGAAAAUAGGUACCAGCACCCUCCACAGAUGAAAGUUUCAUAUUUCCACGGUUGGUUUUAGCAACCAGACCAGUUCGUUUUUUAAAAUCUCGAUCACUGCCUCCCCGAAGUGAACUUGCUUCUUGGUGUUAUUUAUUCCUCUGAGGCUCAUCGUUGCCUGUUCAAGUCACAGUUAACUUCCUCUCUCUUUGUCCGGCAACCCGCACUACCAUCACCAGUGUACCCGAGCGCCACUCCUCCACUCACACGCCAGUUUUUUGUUAACACUGAUGACGUUUGUGGACUCUCACAGACAGUGUUUGUAAAACUAAGAAUUCUGCAGCAGAAUAUUUUUGGAGACAAUUUGCUGUACAGUAUUUGUAAGCUCUAUUUUUGUAUAUUGCUAUUUUGGAGAAAAUAAUAUGAUUUUUUUUUUCUUUUCUUGUAUUUGCUAAUUUCAUGUUUAUUCAUUUUAAGAAAAUAUUGCAUGUGACUGACUUGAACUGUAAAUAAAAUUUCCAGGUUUUGGAAAGA